AUGGCGACUGUUGGAUAUGGAGACAUAUCACCAUAAUCAACGAUAGAAGUAGGAUUUUGUAUUGUGAUGGUGUUUUUUGCUUCUGCAGUUUUUGGAUUUGCAGUGAACACAAUCUAGGCUGUCCUUUAAGAUUUUUCAAAAAAUGAAAAGCUUUUGAUGCAGAAUUUGCUCAUAAUAAAAAACUAUUUGCAUAAGAAAUCAAUAAAUGACCGCCUUUCAAAAGACGUAACUGAGUAUUUGGAGUAUUACUUGAGUGCUAAUUAAGAAUCGAAUCAGUAACAAGAAGAAAAUUUGAUAAAAUAACUUCCUGACUCACUUCGCAAUGACCUCUUAAUAGAAUCAAAUAAAAUAGUACUCAGAGAUUGUAAAAUAUUUUAAAAUUAUUUCAGUGAAGACAUCAUAAGAGCGACUAUCCCAAUAAUUUAAGAAAAACACUAUACUCCCUAUGAGAAUAUAUUUGUAGAAGGAGAAAAUAACUAAGAUUAAUGCAUCUAUUUUGUUUAAGAAGGAAUUGUGGAAAUGUAUAUUGAUUGUACAAAUUACUUUGAUGAGAAAGUAGGAGGUAAGGAUUAGUUCAAAACAAUAAAACGGUUUAAAAAAGGUGAAUAUUUUGGGGAAUUAUAAUUUUUCAUUAAUGAAAAUAAAGGGAUGAGUGUUAGGAGCAUUAAUUUUUCUACAUUAUUGAAAAUAUAAAGAAAAGACUUUAUUUAAAUCUUAAAAAAAUUUCCAUAAGAUUAUGAGUAAUUUUGCUAUAUAAAAGAUGCUUUAAUUAUGCAACAAAACUACGAAAAACUUUACUAAAAGUGUCCUAGUUGUUAGAAUAAUAGUCAUUUAUUAGAAACAUGCCCAUUCUUACAUUAUUAUCCCAAAAAAUAUAAACUUUUCGCUUAGCAGAAUAUAUCUUAGGAUUAAGAAAGAAGUGAAGAAAUAUUUCUAAGAUCAGUAAAAAAGAGUCGGUAUAAUCUCAAUUUAAAUGAAGAAAUAGCUAUUGAGUAUAUAGAAUUCAACUAAGAAUUACUGUAAUAAUACAGUGAAAAAUAUCUCUCAUUUAAUUUUGCUAAAUGUGAUAUGUGUACAUAAUUUCAUAAAAGCUAUAUUUUGAAUAACAAACGUAAAGAAGUUACUCCUAUUUUUGAUAAGAGUUAAUUUGAUCAAGAAAUAUUUUCAAAUUAAAUUCAAAAUAACUAUUCAUCAUAGAAUAAUUUAUACCAAAGUAACUUUUAAAAUAUGAAGAAUAAGGAGGUGCAAUAACAAACUGAUAAUAUAUCUUCAUAAAGCUUAAAUUAAAUAAAUGAUGACUAAGGAUUUUAAUCGAAAUUUAAUAAAUUUAAAAGUCUCUACACAAGAACAUAAAAUUCAAAAAGCAUAGAAAAUUUAGAUAACAUGGAAAUUUCUUCCUCUAAUUAUAUUAAAUGUUAACCCUCAUAACUCAAACAAAAAAAUAUUAAAAAAAAUUUUGAUUCAAAUUUAAAUGUCAGUGCCCUCUAAAACACUUUUAAUCCUCCUAUCUAAAUUAGUAAUACUUUUAUUUAGCAAAAGAAUUAGAGUUCUCUUAAAAUUCUAGGUGUACAACAACAACCCUAUCAAGAAGUUGAUAAUUUUUAAAGUGAAUAAUUAUACCCAUAGAAUUUAUACAAUACACCUAGUAUUUAAGCAAUUAAUAAUGGUGUUUAUGAAAAUACAAAUUAUGUUCAUUACUAAGAUUCUGCUAAAAAAAUUAGAAAUUAAUCAUUUUCUGCAAUUCCUUAAUAAGAUCUGAAAAAAAAUGAUUAAUAACAUGUUUAAAGAAUAUUCUUUGAUUAAUUUUUAGGUUAAUUUGAUAAAAUGAAAGAAUUUUAGUUAUACUAUCCUCUAAAUAAUUAUCAUUAUGUCAUUUCAUAAACUAAAUAAGACCAAAAUCAAAAAAGUAAACUGAGAGCAGAAAUCCUACGUAUCCAAAGAGAGAGACAAAGUAAGAUAUCUCAGAAUAAAUAACUAAGAAAUUUUAAACAAGGAUCUCGCUGUUAAACUAUUAAAUAAAAUAAAAUUAUCAAAAAACUUUUAGAUAAAUAUGAAUUUGAAGGAAGAGUAAAUACAUCUCAAAAUUUUGAUGAUUAAGUUUCUCCAAUUACAAUAAGCAAUUAAAAUUUUUUUCUUAGAAAGCAUAGAGAUAGUGUUAUUCAAUCCCCACUACUAAGUUAUGUAGAAAAAGAAAAAUGUUAAACAGCUAAACAUUUUACAAAUAAUUAAUAUUUAGAUUAUGAAUUAAAUAAUGAUAUUUCCAUAACUUAGAAAAACCAUCCUUCAUUUUAAUAAAGUUAUUCUUUAUUCAAGAAAAAUGUAUCAUAGCAAAUUGAAGAGUUUAACCAAUAGGACAGUUAUUAUUAAGCAAACAAAGAUGAUUCUGAUCUUAAUUAAGUUUCUAUUUAAAACGCUAUAAAUGAAUUACCUUCAAAUAAAUAACUAAACUCAUAUUAAGCAUUAGAAAAUCAAUAGAAAGCUAAAAGUAGUUAAAUUUCGUUACAAAUCAAUUAAAUCAUUUCAAAUAACACUAUUAAUAGCCCACCUAAGCAAGAAUAACAAGUGCUGAGUCUUAAAUAAAUAUAGAGUACUAAAUUUUCACUUUACCAAUAUAAUCAAAAUGAAGGAAAUCUAACCUUUAAGCAUUGA